AUGCCACCGCCUCCGCCGCCCCAGCCACCGAUCCCACCGCCGCUGAAGAAGCCGACGACACUCCCUGACAUCAUCUUCACCGCCUUCUCUCUCCUCGUCCUCUUCUCCACCUCCCCCAAAUCCACCUCCGCCCUCUUCCUCCCCACCAACAAACUCUCUUUCCCAUUAUACCCCCGCAAAAUCCCCAAAAUGUCUUCCCUCAGCCCUAGAAAAUUGAAUCCCCGCCGCCUCCCUCCGCCGUUCGCCACGCCGCAGACGCUCUCCGAUUGGCUGCGCCCUCGCCUCGCCGCCGACCUCUUCGGAUCGUGGGGCGUCAAGCCGGGGACGAAGAAUGUCCACAAUCUCUGGCUCGAAAUCGCCGAGGGCGAGACCGAUCUCGCCGAUUCGAUCCCGCCGGUCCGCACCGUUGAAGUCGUCGUCGCGAGGAUCGUCCGCGGCGACGGUAAAAUCCUAAUCGAAUCGCAUCAGGAGCUCUCCAACGGCGACGUGAGGCGCCGCGGCCGCCCCCUCUCGGAGAAGAUGAAGCCGGGGGAAUCGGUGGAGGCGGCGCUGUACCGCGCCGUGAGGGAGGAAUUAGGGCUCGGAACCUCCGUCGAAAUUGGAACCCUAGGAAGCGGGAAUCGCGACGAAAAUAGGGGAAUCGUGCGAUUGGUGCCGGAAUCUUAUACGAAGAAGGUGGAGGAGCGAGCGUCGGCGUCGUAUCCCGGAUUGCCGGCGCGGUACGUCCUGCACACGGUGGAGGCGGAGGUGGAGGGGCUGCCGGAGGGCGAAUUCUCGACGGAGGAGGCGGAUGAGUACGGGGGAUUGGAUGAGAAGGCGGUUUCGUGUAAAAAGCAUUUUUGGAAGUGGGUUGACUCUGAUUCAAUCUGAGGUGAGUUCCCCCCAUUGAUGCUCUGCAUUUUUUCUUUAGGAUUACGAUUUUGGAGCAAUGUAUGUAUAUGAAUCAUGAGCCACAUGUAAUAACCAAUAAGAGAGAGAUUGUAUUCUCUUUUUCAA